ACAGAAAAAUCUCCACAGUGAUGAGUUAGAAGAUGGACAUGACGGCUUGAGGGGCAGGCAAGUUCAUUUUUCCGACACUUUUUUUCCAGAACCACCCAGAAGAACAGUUACUUUGAAGACCUUUACUUUAUUUUGUUAUAUCCACCAUUUCACUCGGUCCUAUUCCAAAACAGCUGUCUAGCAUUGGCAGAGAACCUGGGGGAGUGUGCCGUUCUUUUUCAAAUCCACAGGAGAUAUCCUCAGCUUUUUGUGUCAGGCCGUGGUCAUGUCUGCUGAAAAACCGAAAAACACAUCAGAGAGUGUGCUGCUGCAUCCUCUGGACACGGCGGCUGCCCCCGAGCCAGAGCUGCUGUGUAUCUUUGGAACGGGGGACUUGGGACGCUCCCUGGGCCAGCGUCUGCUCCAGUCUGGCUACAGGGUGGUGUAUGGCAGCCGCAGACCUACCAGCUGUGGCCCCUUGCCUCAGGGAACUCAGGUGAUGAGCCAUGCUGCAGCAGCCCAGUCAGCCAGUGUGGUCUUCGUUUGUGUUCACAGAGAAAACUACGAAUUCCUGGAGACUCUUGCGCCUCAGCUCAGGGGGAAGGUGCUGGUGGACGUCAGCAACAACCUGAAGAAAAAUCUAUAUCCGGAGGCCAAUGCUGAGUAUCUGCAGAGGCUGAUCCCUGGAGCUCAAGUGGUGAAAGCUUUUAACACGUUGUCUGCCUGGGCUCUGCAGAAUGGACCCUCAGAUGCCAACAGACAGGUUUUCCUCUGCGGAAACAGUGCAGAGGCAAAUCAGGCAGUAGCAAAGACGGCCACCAAACUGGGCUUCACAGUUCUGGACAGAGGGUCUCUGUCUGCAGCCAGAGAACUGGAGGACUUCCCCCUGCAGCUGUUCCCAGAGUGGAGGCUGCCUCUACGCGUGGCUGUCGGCCUCAUUGCUGCCUUGUUCUUCUAUGUGCUCAUUAGAGAUGUCAUCUACGCAAAGGUUGAACUGGGGAAAGACAUCUCCUUCAGAAUCAUGGUUUCCCUGGCCAACAAGGUGUUUCCCAUUGUGUCACUCAUCAUGUUGUCCCUGUGUUACCUGCCUGGUGUCAUCGCUGCCUUCCUUCAGCUCUACAGAGGAACCAAAUACAAGCGUUUCCCUGACUGGCUUGAUCGCUGGAUGCUGUGCAGGAAACAGCUGGGACUGGUAGCACUUGGCUUGGCCUUUCUUCAUGUGCUCUACACCCUCAUCAUCCCCAUUAGAUAUUAUGUGAAGUUCAGGAUCGCUGCUAGCACCGUCUUACAGAUGAAGGAGAACCAAACCAAAGAGUUUAACACCGUCUGGGCCUGGCAAGGUGACUCGUUCUACUCUACGGGGAUACUGGGAUUUGGCAUGUUUCUCCUCUUGGGGAUAACCUCUCUUCCCUCCGUCACCAAUGCUCUCAGCUGGAGAGAGUUCAACUUCAUACAGUCAAAGCUGGGCUACCUCACAGUAUUCCUCUGCACCUUUCACACCUACCUGUAUGGCUGGAACAAGUUCCUCAGACCAUCUUCCUACAAAUGGAACACUCCUCCGGCCUUCAUGCUCAGUCUGGUGUUGCCUACUGUAGUCAUGGUGCUCAAGCUGUUGCUCCUACUGCCCUGCGUGGACCGUCGCCUCACCCGCAUUCGUCAGGGCUGGGAGAGGACCGAUCCAAAAGAUGACAGCCGGAAAUCACUGCUAGCAUAAGGAAAUCACAGUUGCAGACACAAAAAAAUUGGUAUGCACAGAAACACACACACACACACAAAGACACCACAGGGACUUACCCUCCAAGGGCUCUAUUAUCAGGUGAUCAUUGUUCUGGACGUCAUAGAUCCUAGACUAAACAGUUACACCAAUUGUUUUUUGAUUUCUCACUUUAUCUACUCAUGUCGGAAUGGUUCCAUUUUGUGAAUGUAUUGUGUGAUACAGAGGCACCGUGAAGUGUUUCAUGAGUCAUACAAAUACCUUGGACCUAUAUAGACAAUCAUAGACAUGUGUUAGAACAGCAAUGCUACAUUUCAAGCAGCUAUUUAUUUAGCUAUCUAUUUAGCUUUAGAUACACUAUAUGGAUGCUUAUGUUUUUGGUUUUUAACUUCAUACCUUUUUUUCUGUAAAUUUUGACUUCUUUUUUGAUUUUGUUCUCACUAAAGUACUGUGAAAUGUCCUUCAAAAUAAACUUCGCCGAAACUGAACAACAUAGUCUAGUAUAUAUAUCUCAUCCUCUCUGGAAGCUCAGUCAAACUCAGAGAGUUUUCCCCUGCUGAGUUGAGUGUGCUCUGUCUGAUCUCUCUCCAGGGGUCAUCCCUCUGGCUGAUCUGAUGCCGUUUUUCAGGAAACAUUCGCUCUGAGCUACAGGUUUCUCCCGAGUCACUACUGGAUCACAUCAGACCAGUGGAGAAAGGAGUGUGCAGACUCCUCCAUCACACAGGAGUCCACUGCAGGGAGCACAUGUUACGUGGUUGUGACAGUACAGAUAGGCCCCUGAUGUUUUCGCAGCAGCAAGUCAAUUUUGGUGAUCGUGAAAGGGGGGUGAAGAAAACAGGACUCAGAGAACUCGUAGUUGUAGAGUGACACAUGAUCACCAAGCAUGAAUCUCUGAACACUGACAAGGAGGCACAUACACAUGCAGUGACUUGUCACAUGCAUUGAUGCAUUCACAACACAGGGCACACACACACACACACACACACACGCACACACACCUGGAAAACAGAGGAAAAUAACGACAAAGUAAAAGUUUCACAGUCCUAUUUUAACUGAAAUAUUAAUCACAAGAUUGAUGAGUGCUACAUUUGGUAAAUCAGAGAACAGAGACCUGCUUAAUUGUGAAGCUUAUGAAUGAACAAAUUACAAUGACAAUGACGUCAGGUUGGUAUGCAUAGUUACUGUACUGAUAGAAUUGUACAUGCCACAUCUCAUAGGUUAUGGGGUGUGUAGAAAGAGAUUCAGGUUCAGAAAUUGUCAACGGAGAACAGGAGUUUAAACUGAUGUGCAUACAGGAAACAAAAAAAACACCAACUUAUAAUGUGUAUAUAAAUAUAUCUAUACAUUCAUAUACAUAUCUAUGUACUGUAAAUGUGACAACCUAAUUGUUGUUUUGCUUUUAUUGUACAGUAUCUAAAAUUGAAUAUGAAUUGGAUGUUUUUAGGAAACAUGUUUGAUCAACAUGACACAGCUGAAGCACUGGUGCUCAUUCCCUUUUCAACCAGAAAUUACUUGCAGAAGACACAUUAACUUGUGUUUAACAAUAAUAAUAAAGAAACAGAAGACAAAGCAAUAAGCAAACUAACAAAAACAGAAAGGUUAGUCGAAAUGAACUUGUGAUUAACUGGUCUUUAGUGAGUUUCCUCACAGCAUCAAAGUCUUUUUUCAUAAAUCAAGAAUGAUGGGUUGGCCACAUAUGGGGUAUGAACAUGUAAAGUAUGCUGUUCAGAUUUCAUCAAUCAAUACCUAAUAUUUCAUGUUCUUUACAAUUCUGUACAAGGACCUUUAGUAGAAAUUGUUCUCAAAGUAUCUUUUUCUAAUGCAAAUGUUUUUAUCCUAACAAAUUAUUUUAUUUUUGUGCCUAAAGUAUAAUUAAUUAAUUAAUAUAUACUAAGCCUGAUCUAAUCCUCACUCCGUAUAGGAAGACUGCUUAUAGAAGACAAUAGAAAGAACUUUUUAAACUCUUAAGACUCUUCAUGUUUUAUCAAUUCAAAAAUUAAACUUCUUUUCUGUA